UUUUUUUUUUGUUUGUUUGUUUGUGGUUUGGUUGGGUGUGUGUUUGUUUGUUUGUUUUGUUUUCGCGCGUUUGGAGGAAGGGUGGAAGGAGCAGAGCAGAAGAAGUGUCGUCGACGAUGAGUCUGCAGUCGAUGUCAAUGAACACUUCGCUGAAGAACGCGAUGAUUUUCGCCGCGGUCGAGGAAGACAGCACCGAACUGGAUGACGCCUCUUUGAAAGCAACGUCCGUCGCAUCGUCUGCAUCAUCGACAACAACAUUCAACAAUUCCAAUCGGAACGAGAGUCGCGGAAAGAUAGUGCAGAGGGCCUCGAACAGGUCGAGCAGAACCACCUCGGUGCCGUACCAGAGAACUCAGAAGUGCUGCAGCAGCAACAACAACAACAAUAAGAGAAGGAACAACACGGGACAGGAAGAGGAGAUGCGUGGACGAAGCGUUUCCAGCAGGUCAACAACGACGACGACGGAUAAUGGCGAUGCAGUGGUCAGCAGUACCAGCAGCAAUCAGUGGAGAACGGAUCCGGUGGAGCCCGUUGAGACGGGGGGAUCGCAGCAGGAGUCCGAGUGUUGCAGCAGCAGCGAGGGUUCCAGUUCGAGGAAGAGCAGCUGCAGCAGAUACUCGGGUCCAGCUGAUAACAGACCGAAACGUGAGAAGGACCCGGAGAUAUUGAGCAGACGCCAGAAGCAAAUUGAUUACGGCAAGAAUACCAUCGGUUACGACAAUUACAUACGCACAGUUCCAAGGCACGAAAGGAAAUUCGAUGAUCCCAGAACACCAGACAAGACCAGAGUGUAUUCGAGGAGAGCAUUCGAUGGACUGAUCAAGGAGUGGAGGCUGAAAUUGCACAAAUACGAUAACGCUUAACUCAUUAGUUAACUAUUUCAUAUAUAUAUUAUAGUGUUUUUUUUUUCUUCUU